AUGGGCUUCCCUCCCAAGAUAUACCAGUUUCUGGUAGGCACCUUUGCUUCACUUGGGUCGUUUCUCUAUGGAUAUGACCUUACCAUUGUGGCCGAGGUGGUAUCCAGCGGUUCUUUUCUGAACUAUUUCAGCCCAUCCACCACUGAGAUAGGCCUGGUCGCGUCCCUUCUCACGGCCGGCGCCUUCGUCGGCGCCGGGUUAGCGUACCCAUGCUCGGAUUACUUUGGCCGUCGAGCAACCAUCUUGACCGGCGGCUUGAUCUUCUGCCUGGGAGGUGGCUUGCAGACCGGUGCACGAAACUAUGGCUACGUCUUAGGAGGUCGCUUCAUCUCGGGUGUCUCUAUCGGUGUACUCACCAUGAUAAUCCCAAUUUACCAGGCAGAAUUGGUUCAUCCCAAUAUCCGAGGCCUGGUGACUGGAUUGCAACAGUUCAUGCUCGGCAUUGGUGGUGUCUGCGGAAGCUGGAUCAGCUAUGGCACCUAUGUUAGUUUUGCGGAUAACCGCCAGUGGCGCAUCCCGUUAGGCAUUCAGAUCGUCCCGGCGGCUCUACUGUCCGCUUUGAUCUUCCUGUUCCCAGAAUCGCCUCGUUGGCUCAUCAGCCGCGGUCAGCGGGAGAGAGGUCUCCAGACACUGGCACGACUCCAUGCCAACGGCAACACCUCCGACCCUUGGAUUCUCGCCGAGUUUGAACAGAUCAAAGCCCAGGUUGCCGCAGAGAAGGAACAUAGCCAGGUCACGUUUUAUCGGUGGAUCGUCGACAAGUCAAACUUCCGUCGUCUGCUACUGGCUUGCGCUAUGCAAGCUGCCACACAAAUGACGGGAGUCUCCGCUAUUCAAUAUUACUCGGUCACCAUCUUUAAACAAAUUGGCAUCGAUGGAACGGACACUCUGCGCUACCAAGCCAUCAACUCAAUCAUUGGCCUCAUUGGUGAAUUCCUUCUGAUGAUGGUCGUCGAUAAAAUUGGUCGUCGCAAACUCGUCGUAGGUGGAAACCUUGCCAUGUGUCUCACAUACGUGAUCAGCACAAUCCUUCUCGCCCAGUUUCCUCCCCAGGUGAACAGUAAGGGCGCACACUGGGGUUUCAUUAUUAUGACAUGGGUCUUUAAUUUCUGCUUUGCCAGUAUGGGAUCAUUGUGUAUGACCAACUUCCUCCCUUUCAUCUUAUUCCUUGACCAACUCAGGGAAGUCGUCACUAAAUCUUACACAGCUUGGAUGAUUCCUGCCGAAAUUUUCGACACAGCAACACGAGCCAGGGGGGUAGCCUUAGGCUGCAUGGUAUCAUUUGCCUUCAACACAAUGAUCGGUCAAGUGACACCCAUUGGAAUGGCAAACUCUGGAUGGCGAUUCUACGUCCUGUUCGUGGUCUGCAAUUUCACCAAUGCCGUCUUCUUCUGGGCUAUGCUCCCAGAAACGAAACAGUUGCCCCUGGAGGAGAUGAAGAAACUCUUCACCGAAACUCCCUGGUUCAUCGGCAAUUCCACCAGAAGCGAGCACCGAGUCACGGAAACCAGUAUCCUAGCGCAGCGAAUUAAAACCAAAGGAUUGGAAGACAAGAUUGGCACAGCUGAGCAUAAGGAGGAAACCGCUUAA